AUGUUGGGGAAAGUGAAAAGCAGCAUUAUUGUCAUUUACAUGACCACUGGACUGCUCUACAUACUGCUCAGCAUCAAGGCAUCCUCCACCUACAUGAGGCCGAAGCGCCAGAUGUGGCCAGUGGAUCAUCCGGCGAUUGUCCUCUAUAGACAGCAUCCGAACGCCAUGCGAAAGUUCUACUGGUACAACACCAGGACCCCGAUUUUGGUGGGCAAAAUGCGUCUAAAAAACUACAUGCGCAACAUGAACAUGCUGCCCAGAUACGUCCACUCACCUGUCCAGUUCCACGAGGCCUAUGCGAAUUCCAAGAGGAGCAUCUUCAGGGACUUGAGCAAUGUGAAUGGGUUCAAAGCCACAUCCCCGCCCACUGCCACUGCCACUUCCCCAGUGGACUUCGUGGCGGCCCCGCUUAACCCGAUUGAGUACAGCUCCCCCCCGGUAAACCCACCCGUUGCUUUCAGUGUAGCCCCAGUCAACGCGUUCGUGCCCCUGACGGCGGGAACGCUGCCAAGCGCAGAACGCCUAUUUGGCGCUCCGAGUCAGUGGAACCAGUCGGAAUCCCACGCCUCCAACGACGGCUGGAAGAAGUGUCGCGAAAACUGCCUCCAAGUUCCGUACAAGGAGUAUGCUAAGGACCAAUAUGGCUCGCAGAGCAUGACCAGUGACCUACCGGUGACCACGACCACCACUUUGCCCUACUUCAACUACGUGGCGCACACCUACUUCACCCUGGACGACGUCAUUCUGCCCCAUUCCGCAUCGAAACUACCGAAAUCUCCAGCACCAGACCAGCAGUUUCGCCCCAGUAUUCAAGUGCUCACAACGGAAAGGUCCCAGGAGCUGUUCACCGAGCUAUUCCAGCCCACUACGCCGCCUCCAACGGCCACAACCACAACCACGACCACUGCAUUCACUUUUCCGGGGAGAACUACGGUGUUGGACAUGGAGUACAGAUAUAGCACCAGACCAAGCUGGUUCAGCCCCACUACCUCCAGCACCACAACAACCGAGGCUGCAGUUUCGGAGGAUCCCCCGAAGUGGACAACACCGCAACCCGUACAGAGCGUCUAUUCUACUUCUACGGCGAAUGUUACAAAAGCAUCCUAUAAGCAUAGACUGAAGUCCCUGAAGGCGACCAAAAACUUUUCCUCGAGCAUUGAAACCAAACUGAAACUUUUAAAGCUGCACCUUAAGAACCUAGUUACCACUAGGGAAACGCCGAAGAACGAUCAGAAUCUAACAACUCCAGCUGUACUCGACAACAACACCAAGUUGCCGGAAACGACAACAACAACAACAACAACAACAGCGCCCACGCCGCCAAGAAGAAGAACCAGCGUCAAUAGAAAACUGAGAAAGCUGCGAGUUUUGGCGUCGACCAAAAAGGUUCCGGUGCAGAUUUCGAGGAAUUCUACAGACUCCAGCAAAGCCAAGGCAGAAUUUAAAAAGAUUUUACCGAAAAGAAUUUACCAACGGCGCAAACACUUGAACUCCACUGCAAUGCCAGAACCCACGAAAAACAUAACAGUUGAUUCCGAAUCGAUAAACAAGCUUAGGCGCCGAACAACAGCAAGCACACGGAAAUCGACGAACGUCGAUGACAGCGUUAUCGUUCGAAACGCAACGCAGGCGAUAACUCACACUUUGCCAAAAUCUCGCGCUUAUGGUAUAGCUGAGGAAAAGCACGCCUUAGUCACGGAGUCGGCAAUCAUGACUAUUUCCAGUGGCACUUUAAAAAUGAGACAGCCCCAUAUUAAGGCAAGGGCAAAGCCGCAAAGGUCCAGAAAAAUUGCGCACCUGGAAAACGAUAAUUUCAUACCGUCGCUGCCCAUCGAGGUAUUUUUUAAAAAAGUAAAUCAGCAGUAA